AAGCAUUUAUACAGUUAGCAUGUCUUGUUGGCUCUACACUCUCUCCGCUCUGUGCAUUUUGGCCAAUUUAUUGGCUCCCUCUGUGGCUUGGAACUACUGCAGCGAGCAUUGGUGCAAGGAGGCGCGCAGUCACAUUGCCUGCAACAACAAUGGGAGUUAUGGGCGCAGUUGCAGUAAAGAGGCCGAGCUACGGCCCCUGAAUGUACAGCUGCGCAAUUUCAUUUUGCACAAAAUCAACUUCUAUCGCAACAAGGUGGCGUCUGGAAACUUUUCAGGUUUUGCGGCAGCGCAUCGCAUGGCCAGCGUUCAAUGGGAUCCCGAGUUGGCGACACUCGCCGAGCUGGCGGUUAAGCAGUGUCCACGGCAGCCGGAUGAAUGUCGGAACACCAGACGCUUUAAGCAUGUGGGCCAAAUACUGGGCCACGUGAUCUUCAGCACCAAGCGUUACAGUGACAUUCAGCUGCUCGAGCACAAGCUUGGCAAUUGGUUCAGGCAAUACAAGCGUGCCAAUAGCCAACUCAAUGCCGUCGAAGGGGGCCCGGAUAUCACUAGCUUCCGCCAGCUUAUGCAGGAGCGGGCCACACACAUAGGUUGUGGAAUAUUGCGUCAUGUGCAUCGCCAUCGCUGGCAUAAACAGUUCAUUGUCUGCAACUUUGCGCGCGAGAAUAUUGGCCGGGAACCGGUCUAUGGGGUGGCCACGAAACCUGCGAGUGGCUGCAAGAUGGGCGUCAAUCCAAAGUUCCCCAACUUGUGCGCCCUCCACGAGGCGUACGAUGUAAAUGUUGUGGACCACCUGGCAAUACCCAGACUCCGCAUCAAGCUCAAGUACAAUGAGGAGGGCAUGCACUCAAAGGCAGCUGCCAAUCGGACACUUUGAACCGUACAGUCGAGUCAGCCCUGCAUUGUGUAACUAAUUUUUUAAAUCCAUGGGUAUUUUAACAACGCAAUAAAACGCAGUUGCAAGAAA